GCUUUUUGGAAUGGAUUAUCUGUAAAUGAAAAAGAAGGAUUUGUUCAUGGAUUGAGAUUCACGAAGAAGAAAUACAAUAAUGGAAUAGAAGCUGAUGAAGACAAGGUGGAUGCUAUUGAUGAUGUUAAGAAGAUCUCCUUGGUCAGUCAAAGGAACGAGAUGCUGCUGAAUUGGAAAGACUUGCCCGAUAAGAAAAAAGAAAAAAUAAUUCGUAAACUUUGCACUAGCAAAGUUAAAAAAUUGGCUGAAGCAAAUUUUGGGAAGAACCGAAUUCCAAUCAAAACUUCUUCUUCUCUGUUCCCUUCUUCGGUUAAUAUGAAAAUCUCUUCGGAACUUGAAGCUUCUAAUGGUCUUCAAAAAGUUGGUGAAACUGUGAUUAAGCUUUUCCCUGAAGGGGAUCCAAAGCUGAAUUUAAAUGAGCCAGUGAGUGUUGAUCUUCAAGAAAUCUGUUCUCUGCAAUCUGUGGUUAAGGAAAAGAAAAGAAAAAGGAAAAAUUGA